AUUGACGUAUCAAACCGUUAAAUAUGUGUUCUAAAUAUGAUAUAAAGUUAGUAACAGGUCGACCUCCGUAAUAAAUGAAGUCACGCGUAAGUACUUCCUGUGACUCAUUGUUUAAUUUUUAAUAAUCUUUGCGCACUGGGCACUUUUAUUUCUGGAGGCUGUAACCAGAGCUGUUUACAUUGCCCACAUGGUUCUGGGGGACCGGAGGGGGAUGGGCCUCCCCCAGUGCUCAGCGCCAAGAUGGCGGGGCCCCAGCGCAGCAGCGACCCGGCCUCGCCUCCGCGGAGGAGCUAGAACACCGACCCGGCCCGCAUGUCUCUGCCCGUGGUGCUGCCGGGCUCCUGCUGCCCCGUGGGCGGGACUUCGCAGCUCGCCGAGCCGCUGCACAGAAACCGAGCCCGGGGCCUGUCGGGCGGGGAGUCGCGGAUGCUGCUCCCCGGGCGCCCGCUGCUCUCUCUGGGCCUGAUGCAGCUGUUGCUCGGCGGCUCCAUGGUGGCGCUGUCGCUCGGGGCUCUGUCACUCAGCAGUUCACCUCCCAUUCGGAACUCGUGUCCCUUCUGGGCCGCCUCCUCGGUCAUUCUGUCCGGAAUCGUGGGUCUGACCACAUGGAGGAAGCCCAUGCUGCUCCUGGUCAACAUCUUCAUCCUGCUCUCUGUGGUGUGUGUUCUCCUCAACCUGGCCGGGUUUGUUCUGUGCUGCCAGGGAGCCCAGCUGGUCUCCAGCAUGACAAGCUGCCAACUGAGUGAGGUGGGUGAUGUGUGCUACUGCUGCUCCCAGUCGCACAGCUCCAAGUGUGUGGAGGAGAAGAUGCUGGAGCUCCACCCCGCGCACUCUUGCAGCACCAUGAGGAUUCUGCUCAAGAAAGUCCUGUUUGCUCUCUGCGCUCUCAACGCUCUCACCACGGCGGUGUGUCUCAUGGCCGCGGCCCUCAGGUACCUGCAGGUCUUCUCCACCAGGACCCCCUGCCUGGAUGAGGCCAGACCUCCAGUGGAAGAAGGGGAGGAGCCAGCUCCAGUGCCAGAUCCUGAUGAGUUUGUGGCCCCCGCCCCGCCACCCUCUUACUUCUCCACCUUCUACUCGUACACGCCACGUCUGGCCCGGAGGAUGCUAGGCGAGAGCGUGAUCCCCCUCCCUCACAUUUAUGGGGCUCGGAUCAAAGGGGUGGAGGUCUUCUGCCCCUCGGACCCGCCUCCUCCGUAUGAGGCUGUGACCGCCACUGAGAGCGCAACUGACACAUCAGGACAGGCCAGAGAGAUGGUGCCAACAGAAACCAGCUACCAGAUGUGUGCUGAGGCUGCAGGAGAGAGGAACUCGCUGGCAUCAGCCGCAUCCACGCUCCAGAGGUCUGCUGCCGCAGGAGCGCAGAGACGAAUCCAGCGCUCCAACAGCGACCCGGUCCAGAUGGAUCACGGCGCCAAAGUCUUCAGCAGUGGGCCUCCAUCUGCCCCACAGACCACAGACUCGUCCACGCAGACGUCGCAGCCCACCCUGACGGCCCACGGCCAGGUGACCCUGCGGCGAGGGGACGCCCAGGGGCCCCGCAGGCCUCGGCCCUCGUCCAUGGUGGAUUACCAGAGCUACAGACACACGCAGCUGCUGGUCAGGAGGAUCCUGGAGCAGCCCGCGGCCCAGGGUCUCACCCAGGAGGUGCAGGAUCUGGUGGCCAGCAUUCGGAACGUGCUGGAAUCGGACCAGGAGCACAUGGACGAGGCCGUGCGCAGCGCCACCUACAUAGAGCGGGUUUUUACUAAGUCAGAGUCGGGUUCCGGACCUGAGGCGGUGGGUCAGCAGCAGGUGACGGGCCGACUCAGCCAGACGGUUCCCAGGUCGCUCGCCAAAGGCCGGGGCCUGGUGCGCCGGCAUAGCUGCGGUGACCUCAAUCACGCCCUGGACUCAGCCGACCCCAGAGGGGACAGAUCCAGACCGGGCACCCUGGGUCGACCCGGAGGAAGGACUCGACCGGAUCAACAGGAGCGGCCUCACAGUCUCAUCGGAGUCUUCAGAGAGACUAUGCUGUGAUCGGAAUCCCGACCAGAACUGUUUGAAUCCAAAGGUCUGGUGGAGGAGAGAGUCGCUGAGGAGGGCUGCUCUCUCAGGACCGGAACGUAUGAACAAGAAUCGCUUUCUACUUUUGAUCGUUCUUCUCAUAUUCAGCCGAGCAGAA